AUGGACGGACAGACGGACGCUGAGCCGGGGCAGCAGCUGGAGCAGCCGAGGGAGGCAGCAGAGCAGGAGGGGAGGCUGUGGCAGGGAGGGCAGGCCAGGAGCUCGCUGCACCUCAUCUCUGCCCUGGCUCAGUGGGUUCUGCUGCUCGCCUGCCUCAUCUACCUGGGAGUGCAUUUCCUGCGGCCCUCCAAGCCCCAGAGCGACAAAGUGCUGUGGACCCACAUCCGAUACUCAGGCAGGACCACCAGGGGAGCAGCCGUGAACCUCUCAGCAGAAUCGGGGCCCAUCCAGAUCCGGAACGGCUCCGUCCUUGUCCCUUGUGACGGCCUCUACCUGCUGUCCCUCAGGGGCACCGUCAUCCUGGAGAAGGAGGAGAACUGGCUGAACCUGACCCUGCAGGGCAGCAGCAGCGUCCUGUGGGAGCAGAUUGUGCAGGGCAGCGAGAGCACAGUGAACCUCACCACGGUGCUCUACCUGUUUGAGCAGAACAGCAUCACGCUGUGGACCAGCUCCAACGCCACCCUCUGGGACCUGACCCUCAGCCUGGUGUUAGUGGCUGACAGCAAGUCCUAG